UUCUACUUUGUUUUACUGGAUAACAAUAAAAUUCAUAUCCAACAAUUUAAGAAAAUAAGGCAAUGAUUUGCCUAUAAUUUAGUGGGUUUUUCUUUAUUCUUCAACAGCUUAUUUAUUAUUUCCUUAGUAAUUCACUGCACUUCCCGGGGAAACCGAGAUCUUUGGAUAUCAUGGUAGAUACAGUUACACUAACAUGGGAUCCACCAUCAACAGUUAGGGAUGGCGACUGUUAUCAAAUCAGCUAUAAAGAUAGUAGCCACGGGGAAAACUGGGUGUUUUAUCAAGGUGAAUUUAAGACUUCAACUGCCAUCCUAAGCAAUUUGAAAUCAAAUACAGAUUUUGUUUUCCGAGUUCGUGUAGUUAAUGAGGAUGGCGCGAGUCCUUACAGUGAGCAAAGUGAUAAAAUCUUUACAUUAGAAUCACAAGCUUCAAGACUCGUUCACUCAUCAGUUCUGAAAGAGAAAGGAAAUCCGUCACCAUCCAUUUAUGCCUUACCAUUGGCUGAAAUAAGGGAGGCAAGAAAUGAGCAAGCGAAGACAAAUAAAUUUCAGCUCGGAGCAUCACCGACAAACAGUAGAGAACCAAAGACAAUUAUGUUGGUAGGCGCCACAGGAACAGGAAAAAGUACCUUAGUAGAUGGAAUAGUAAACUAUGCGUUAGGUGUUCAAUGGGACGAUCCGUUUAGAUUUACAGUCAAAGAUGUGGAACAAAAGGUUGAAGCAGAAUGGAUAACGUGUUACACACUCAACCCAGAGAUGGGAAGUCGUCUUGACUAUCCAUUAAAUAUCAUAGAUACCCCAAGUUUUGGAGAUACAAGAGGUCUGAAAAGAGAUCAGGAAAUUGUUCAACAAAUCAGUCAAUUAUUUACUGAAAAAAAGCCAAAGGGUGUCACAUUCAUAGAUGCAGUCUGUUUUCUUAUAAAAGCUCCAGAUGCUCGUCUAACAGAUGUCCAAAACUAUGUGUUUCAAUCGAUUAUGUCACUUUUUGGCAAAGAUAUUGAAAACAACUUUUGUUCUCUUGUAACAUUUGCUGACGGCAUUGACCCACCUGUUCUAGCUGCUUUGAAACAAUCAGGAUUGCCAUUUGGUAAGGUUUUCACAUUUAAUAUCUCGAGUCUAUUUGCCAAGAAUUCUAAACUCAGUACUUCUAGUUUAUCAUUGAUGUUUUUGGAAAUGGGAUUGAAAUGUUUUCGAGCUUUCUUUGGUUAUCUGGAGCAGGUAGAAAAAAAAAGUCUCCAGUUGACAAAACAUGUUAUUGAUGAGCGUUCACGGCUGAAAGAGACAAUUCAAAAUCUGCAGAAAAAUCUUGAGACUGGGCUUAUCAAAGUUAAAGAUAUGAAGCAGGAGAUACAGAUUAUUGAGAAUAGCAAAGCCACGAUAAAAGAUAACAUAAAUUUCGAGUAUGAGGUUGAGGAAACACAACAAAAGAUUAAAAAAUUACCCCGUGGCUUGCAUGUCACCAACUGUACCCAUUGUCAUUUUACUUGUCAUGUGAGAUGUGAAAUUGCUAACAACGACGAAAUUGCCGGAUGUAGUGCAAUGGGAAGAGACGGAAAUUGUCAGGUAUGUCCGGAAAAAUGCCACUGGAAGAAACAUGCGAUUACACCUUACAUAUUUGAGUAUGUUACUGUCAAAAUAAAGAAAACAUUUGCAGAUAUGCAACAGAAAUAUAAAGAGGCAACAGGGAAACUUCUGUCACAAGAACAAAUAGUAAAAAAGCUUGGAGAAGAACUAAAUGACUUACUGGACGAUAUUGAAGACAUGAUGGUAGCUAUAAAAAUGUGCAAUGAGCGUUUGAAGGAAAUUGAACCGAGACCAAACCAAUUAACAAUGACAGAUCAUAUUGAUUUGAUGAUAGAAAACGAGAAGCGUGAAAAGAAAGAAGGAUUUGUGCAGCGGAUAAAUAUCCUAAAUGACUUCAGGAAAAGGGCUCAGAUUUCUAUUGAUGUUAAACACUUUAGCAAAGAGGCUCGAUCUACCCUAGGUGCUGUUGGAAAAAAGAGGAACAAGAGUACAGACUUAAUGGCAAGAUUUCAGACAUGGUUUAAAUGAUCCACCGUAGAUUCAAAAAUGUUUAAUUAAAUACACAAUCUUAUGCAAUGUUAAAACAUAUAGCAUACCGAUCUCUUGUUUCUUUUUACACUGUAUGAUAGUUUUUACAGGGUUAAUAUUCAAAACUUCUUAUGUUUAAGCUAAUUUUAGAAAAAGAAUAUUAAUAAAAACAGUAAACAUAUUACACCACUGAGUCGCUGCAACAGAAAUUUUAGAGGUUAAAAUUCAAAGUCGGUCGUGCAGUAUAGCUUAAAACUAGCACAUUGCUGUGUAAUGUUUCAUAGAAAAGAAAGUUGAACAAAACUUAUUUAAAAAUCUAUGGUACUUCAUUUAAACGUAUUGAUUGAUGACCCCUAACCCAAAGGAAAGAUAUCCUUUCUCAGAAAACAGUUUUAUCCUCGGACGUUGAGGCCUCGACAUUAAAUAUAAAUGUCCGCGAAAUUUUACAACAAGGUUGUUAUAUAUUCAUCGAUAAGCAUCAUUAUAGUUGACGACAGUGUAUUUAAAUUUUCAUCAAAAAGAUGUAUAAGUAGAACACAAAUUCCACACAUCGUUGUAAGGAAACAACGAAAUCAAAUGUUCACUAUUGGAGAUUGAAUGCAAAUAAAAUUAAAAUAAAUAUAAAAAAGUGAAAGGAGGGCACGUUGCCUAGUGGUCAAUGUCAUUGUUUCCAAACAACUAUCCCCUCAACGCCGUUGGAUUAUUUAAUGUAAGGAAGCUCUACAGCUUGCUUUUGGAACGUCGGUGUUCCUGCAAAUUCGUUCCUGAAAUUCUACAUUGAGGGCCACCGGAUGGCAUCUAUCACAGUAAGCUGGAAAGUCGCCAUAUGAAUUUUUAGAGUCAGUGUUGGGGUUGGUGCGACGUAAAAAAAACAAAGAAAAAAAGUAUAAAAAAGAGAGAGAAAAGGUAAAAGAAUCGUAUUAAGAAUAAUGUAUACAUGUAUUGAUUUUCUGAUUAAAGCAUGCUUUGCUUUUAGGUAACCUGAAUAAACUCGGGCGACCAACUACUAUCCUUUUUACUAUCCGUCGUCGUGAUUCUUGCGUCGUCCGUAGUGCAUUAACAUUUUAACGUUUUAAGCCCCUGGAACUACUCAAUUCCAACCACUUUUGGCAUAAAACUUCUAUGGGGGAAGAAAAACAAAAAUUGUGAAAUUCAUGGCCCCCGCCCUCACCUGUGGCCUGGGGGUCGUAUAAAAAUACAAUAUUUAAACACUUCUGUUUUAGUCCUGGACAUCAAGCAAGCAAACUAUUGGCAUGAUUGUAUUAAGCAUUGAGCACGCUACCAAAUUUGUGAAAUGCAUGGCCCUAGGGUCAGUGAUAAUGGUGGUAGGGCUCUAUUCCUGGGCAUUUAGUAAAUAAAGUUAAUGUAUAGUUAUGAUGAGAGGUGAUGUCAAAAUGGUGAAUUUUAUGGCCCUAGGGUCACUGUUCUGAUUUUUUAGGGGGGAGCUCUAAUGAUUAUGUGGUGAAAAUGCAUUAAUUCUUUGAAAUCUUCUCCUCUGCUCUUGGGUAUUAUGCUAAUAGAUAUGAUAGGGAGAGUUUCUCUUUCAAAAUUGUGAAAUCUAUGGCCCUCGGGGUCUGGGUUCAUGUCCAAGGUGGGGCUAAUUUGGGUGUAUCUUGUAAAUACAUUUUAAGAAAAAUUGUUCUUUAAUUACUAUAUUGCGAUGAGGCAGUUUUAAGCCGUUUGAAUAAUUAUAAUAAGUAGUGAGCCUUUAACAUUGUUAAAUGCAUGACCCCUUGGAUUUUUAAGGUUUAUGUUCCAGGGAGAGACUGUAAACACACAAUAAAAAAUUACACAUAAUACUAUAUAAGGACAAUGUAUUGAAAUUAAAAUAAUUAUAUGAUAUUUGAUGUUUUUAAUCAAUGGUUUAACGUUUUUUACGCAAAAAGAAAACAUAUAAAAUCUAAAUAAAUAAAUAUGUUUAACCGGGAAUAUGCACACAAACAGAAGAUUUUUGUUGUCUUGAGUGUCUCGUACAGAUUUUAGAUCAAACGGUGGGUAUGAAUUCACAAAAUGUCCUGAAGUAAAUAAAACUUUGCUUGGCAUACCUACUUAUCCCUGUUACUAUCAUUCUAUAUUGUUUCUGAAAUGAUAAUCCAGACUCCUACUGAGCUAAGGAAUGGCGGAUCAGUUCGGAGCGAAAUGGCAGUUUCCACACACACACUUUGAGCUCUACAUGGAAACAUGUGGCCAAACUAUGUCCCCCAAGAACAGUGGCUCAUUAAACUAUAAUUUCAAAGGAUACCACUCUAUUGUGCUAUUGGCCCUGGUUGAUGACGACUACAAGUUUACAUGGGUGAAUAUCGAUGCACAAGGAGGAUGUUUAGACGCAUAAUUCUGGAAUCAGAGCGACCUCAAGUUGGCAAUCAAAAGGAGGUUGUUGGCAUGCCGGAUGAAACACCCCUUCCAAGUGAUGACAAAAAGCUUGAAGCAAAGUGAUCCUUCGGAAGCUUUAAUCACACCAAAAUUACAUGAAUAUUGCAUACUCGAUUUGAUUGAGUCUCUACAUGAGGGGUAAUGAAAAGGCGCAACAUCCCUCACGCCCCCAAGCACCAGUUUGAGUGGUACUCGAUUCUCAACACUAAAUAGUUUGUUUGUUUGUUUGUUUGUUUGUUUCAUUGUACGCCUUUUACCAACAGUAUUUCAGUGAUAUAGGCAGGUUGUUUCCUAACCAUCGUUCCUGGAGAGUUACACCAGUACUAGACUAUCUUCCUCCGCGCUAAACACUAAAUAGUGCUGGCAUCAAUGAUUCCGAAGAACCAAACAAAUAUUACAACACUUAAGUGACGCACAGGGCAACUUUUACAGCUGCCAAACGAUUUCUAGAAACAAAGUAAUACUUCGGAAGCUUUAAUCACAACAAAAUUACAUUGCACAGUCGAUUUGAUUGAGUCUGUGCAUGACGGAUAAUGAAUAAGUGCAACAUGCCUUACGCCCCUAGCCCCGGCAUGAGUGGUACUCUCAACACUUGAUAGUGCUGGCAUCAAUAUCAAUAGGAUAUUAUAUCAUCGCAGAAUCUGCGUAUACUAUGAGAAUUUCGCUUAUGAAACCAUUCUCAAGAUGAGGCCUUGAGAAGGAUGAGCAACUUUUUAACUAUCGCCUGACAAGAAUCAUCUUCGCCAGAAUCGUUGGUCUCUGCGAUUGGUUUUCUAGAUGUUCUUUUUUUGGGAAGCUUUUUUUUAAAAAAAUGAGCAUGCAAUAGAUUUUGGUCGGAUAUACUAGUCCGUAUAGAUCCUUGGCGUUUCGAUCUACGUAUCAGACCGUACUUAUUCUUACUAAGAUAUACGCGGAAAUCACAAGAUAUUAACGGCGACACUGGCGCAUGAGAACUGAGAAAUAAUAAAGGUUUAUGUGGACCUAGGGAAAACACCAACAGAGACGAUGUAAAUGAUGAACGAUGCUAAUCAAUCCUCAAAUGUAAGUAUAAAUCUUACAUUUAAGAAGUAUAAAAGAUUUUCGGACGGUAGGGAGUUUCUAAAAUACGACAAUCUGGGAGGACGGAAACGAAUAGUGAACGCACAGGGAAUAGUCUAAUCGAGAUGGGGGGGGGGGGGCUUAGUUUGACAUUGCAUCACAUAUAGACGUUUGUUAUGGCAGCAUCUUAUCAAUUUGGAGAAACCAGCUAAAGUUAACAAAGGUUCAUGCGCGCUGGGUGUGAAUUCUUGAAAAGCACUGACUUUCAACGUAAGUAGUCGAAGUCGAAAUGUUAUCUUGGCGUCGUUACCGUGCGCCGGUAACAUUGCACUAACAAAUUAAAAAUAAUUGCUUUGGGAUACCCACGGGGCCUAUCAUGCCCAAAUUUAACGGAUACAUAGAAAACUAUCGAUAUAACUACACAGUAUUUUUGAUCUUAUCUGUGAAAACAAAAUUAAUGUAACACAGAUAAAUGUAUUUUUUCGCCCUCGUAUCCUUUUCAUUUAUCGUUUGUCUGGUAUUUGUUUUAGAUUUGCUCUUUGUUCAUAAUACAAAAUAAGUUUGUUUCAAAUUAUGUCUAUGUAAAUGUUAAAGAAUUUCAUGCAUCGUAAAAAUAAUUAUUUUUUCUGGUUAUUCUUUUUUCAUUAAGGAAUCAACUUCAUACAUCAAAUAUAUCUUCCUUAUCAUCAAGCAUAUCUUAUGUGAGAAGCUUUUUAUUACUAGCUACAAUAUUUCAAGAAUUAUAUCCCUAUGAACUUUUUUUCCUGAAAGAAAUGUUGUUGUUUUUCUUGUUUUUGUACUAUAACUUCUUCAUUUCGUACGGUAUCUACUUCAAACUUCAAGAAUUCUAUAAGACCUUCUUGUCUUUCGUUCUAAUCCUCUUCUUUGAAUAUUUUUAAAUUUUGUAUGUGUAUAUAUUUCAAAUGUUAUUAUGUAAAUAUUCUGAAAAUAAAUAUGUUUAAACUAAACUUAUUUCUAUAUU